AAGAGCGAAGCGUGGAGGGAGCUGGAACAGAUGGUGGGCUUGGAAGACGUGAAACAACGGGUCCGCCUACUCCAUCAGCGGGCGCAAAUCAAUGCUGAGCGAAAAAAGGGCUCGCCCGUCUUCUCUAUCUCCUUAAAUUCGGUCUUUCUGGGUCCUCCCGGCACGGGAAAAUCGACCGUAGCUCGUCUAUAUGGUCGAAUCCUGGCCGACCUAGGCUUGCUCAGCAACGGGGCCGUGAUCGAAACGGCCGCCGUUGCCCUGUUGGGGCAUCAUGUGGGAGCGACGGAAAGAACUAUACGGAAAGUCAUUAAUUCAGCGCAAGGCAAGGUCCUGAUUAUCGAUGACGCGUAUGCACUUUGGGGUGGAUCCAGGACCAAUAGCCAUAGCUUCCAUCAAGCCGCCAUCGAUACGAUUGUCAGUUGCGUCUCGGGAAGUGGCGACGCAGACCAAUGCGUUCUGCUUGUUGGCUACGAGGAUCAGUUGGAAGAGAUGUUUCGCCAGGGCAAUCCGGGUCUAUCGCGCCGUUUCCCACUGUCUUCGGCAUUCCGGUUCAAGGGAUUCCCGCUACCCGACCUCGUCCGGUUAUUGGAGCUGAAGCUUCAGCAGGCCCAACUGCGUUAUUCUCCGGACGCAAAAACCGCGGCUAUCGGCGUGCUGCGCCAUGCGAUGGUAUCACCGCGCUUUGGGAACGCUGCCUUUGUCGAGCAGAUCGUGGAAAAGGCUCACUUAUCCUUUGAACAACGACGACUGUCGGAUCCCACGGUAGAAUCUGAAUCUCUUGCCCCCGAAGACUUCUCGAAGGACUGGGACCGCGUGGUUGAUGCCGAAGACGAAUGCCGACGGCUAUUCCAGGGGGUGGUGGGCUGCGACUCUAUUGUCAACCAGAUCCUUCAGGAUACUCGAAUCGCAAAGAAAGCCGCCCUGCGAGGGUUGAAUGCGCGUGACUUGAUUCCCUUUAACUACAUCUUUCGGGGGCCUCCGGGGACUGGCAAAACCACGACGGCGCGGCGCAUGGGACAGAUCUUCUACCACAUGGGUCUGCUGGCAACGGCCGAAGUGGUCGAAUCUUCCGUUACCGAUCUGAUCGGGCAGUACGUGGGACAAACCGGGCCCAAGGUUCUGGACCUAUUCGAUAAGGCGCUAGGAAAAGUCCUCUUCAUCGACGAGGCCUACCGAUUGCUCGAGGGGUCGCGUAGCUUCUCGCAGGAUGCGGUUGGGGAAAUUGUCGGGGCCUUGACCAACCCGCGGUUCCAGCAAAAUAUCGUCAUCAUCCUCGCCGGGUACAGCAAGCAGAUGGAUUCGCUGAUCGCAUCCAAUCCGGGCCUUCGCAGUCGGUUCAAGCGGGUCAUGACAUUUGACAGUCUGACGGGGGUCCAGUGCGCUCAGCUCCUGGUGCAAAAUCUGGCACGGCAGGGUCUCGACACGACCCUUCUCGGAAUCCCCGAAUACGAAACCCAUCGGGAGAUAUGCGAUCUGUUCGCGUGCUUGUCGGAAAUGGAGGACUGGGGCAAUGCCCGCGACGUGAACACGCUGAGC